CACUCGAGGGCCGGGAUUGGGCAGAUCUGAAGACCCUCAGGAAGGCGGGGCGGCUCCUGUCACGAGGCCGCCGCCCAAGUUAGAGGAGGCUGCUCCUCUGGGGCUCCCCGUCCCUGCUCCGCUAAGCGCGCGGCUUUACACCCCCUUCCUUCUCCACCAGCCUGGGCUGCAUGAGCUGGGGGCGGGCGCCUGUCGUCCUGCUCGGCGGAGGGGCCACGCUGCUCGUGUCGAUUCUUUGGAUGCCCGCGCUGCUGCCGCUGGCUUCCCGCCUUCUCUUGCUGCCCCGAGCCUUGCUGUCCAUGGCUUCUGGAAGCCCUCCGUCCCAGCCUUCUCCGGCCUCGGGCUCCGGCUACGUUCCAGGAUCAGUUUCUGCAGCCUUUGUCACUUGUCCCAAUGAAAAAGUCGCCAAGGAGAUCGCCAGGGCAGUGGUAGAGAAGCGCCUGGCAGCCUGCGUCAACCUCAUUCCGCAGAUCUUGUCCAUCUAUGAGUGGAAAGGGAAGAUCGAGGAAGACAGUGAGGUGCUGAUGAUGAUUAAAACCCAAAGCUCCCUGGUCCCUGCUCUGACAGAGUUCGUUCGAUCUGUGCACCCUUACGAAGUUGCUGAGGUGAUUGCAUUGCCUGUGGAGCAGGGGAAUCCCCCGUACCUGCAUUGGGUGCGCCAGGUCACAGAGUCCACUACAGAUUCUGCCACAGCCCCCUCCUCUGCUUAAAGCCCCCUGGUUUCUAGGUGAUGACCGAGCCCCCAAUAAAUCCUCUUCUGUUCUCUGUC